AUGUAAUGUAAUGUAAUAAAUAAAAAAGCCAAAAGGCAAGGGAGGAGGAGAGAAUCUCCAAAAUACCAUCUUUCUCCCUUUCCUCGAAAACCCAGAAAAAAUAUAAAAACAAGAGGGGAAGGGAAUAUUAUAAUAAAAUAAAAAGGGCAGUCCAUCCAAAGACAAUGGAAGAAAGAAAGAUUAAAGGCAGGAGCAGCAACAGCAGAAACCGCAGCAGAGGAAUAAAAGGAGAGACCGGAUGUUGACAAAUUUCAUGUCACUGUUAUUAGGAGAUUUUCUUGUGGGAUCUCUCUCUUUUCUCUCUCUCUUCCUUCUGUGAGAGAGAGAGAGAGAGAGAGAGAGAGAGAGAGUGACUGGCCCCAACAGAUCCGAAAUCUCCAUCUAUUCUUCUACCUGAUGGUGAUAAUCUAAUCUCCUUCAAUGGCGUUGGAGGAAGGCCCAGUUAUUGGGGUUUUCUCUGCUUGCUCGAUUCGCCACCGUCGGCAUCGACUUCUUGUUUGGGGUUGUUGGGGGGGAGCAUCAAGGGCUGUGAAUUCCGAUGGCGGGUUGUUGUUGGGUUUUUGAGGAUUUGCUGAAGAAUCAGUUGUGGGUUUGUGAAGAGGGAUGAUAGAGGAUGUGGGUGUAAGGAAUGGGAACAAAAUUGCAGUGUAAAAGCUACUUGCCUGGAUAUUACUCCAUGAGGGAUCUUAAUGAGGAUGCUAACACUGGUAGUUGGUCACUAUUUUUUGAUGAGAAGAUGUUAAAGAGUGAGCAGUACUACAAUGUUUUCACGCCGAGGCCUGUGGAUGGAUAUUCAGAGUGUGACAAGGAAGUUCUAAAGCAGACAAUGCUUGAUCAUGAAGCUACAUUCAGGAAGCAGGUCUAUGAACUCCACCGACUUUAUAGAAUACAAAGGGACUUGAUGGAUGAGCUUCAAAAGAAGGAACUUUACAGCUAUUCCAUAUCAGCAGAGACAUCAUCACAAUCAAAUCUAUUUUCAUCCAGAGUCCCAUCUGAAUACAUGCACAAGAUGUGGCAAAUGCCUUCCUUGCCAGUGGUGAACUCCAGUUAUUGUGGGACAUCUAUUUCCGGCACUGACAACAGACGGUCUUCGCUAGACUUUCUUAAGGAAAGCAGCAUGCAGGCAGGUGUGAGAGGAAGUGUAAAGGAUUGUGAAGUGUCGGACUCCAAAUGCAAGAAGUUCCCAAGAAAAACGUUUGACCUGCAACUUCCAGCGGAUGAAUACAUUGACAGUGAAGAUGGGGAAGCAACUGAAGAGGAAAAAGUUCGCGAGAUGUCUUUAGGAGCAAAGCACUGUCUUGAUAGACAUUGUGGCAGUGGACCUAGGAGUGGGGAGAGCUUGAGUCUUGGUGCUGGUCAGAAUCCAAGCUGUGGAGCAAAUGAUUGGAAAUUGGAAUCGCACGUGAGGAAUAGUUGCCGCUCUCGCUGUUUGGCUGACUUGAAUGAACCCAUCCGAGGAAUAUGCAGCGAGGAAGCUGAAGCAUUGGCUUCCUCUAAUUUUCAAGUACCAAUGGCCUUCCAUGAAGAGAUCCAAGGGCGGCAACUGCAUACGGAGCCGAAAGCUAGCGUUCCAGUUCUGCAGAGGGAUUCCUUCCUAGAUAACCAGAAAGGUGGAGAUCACCGGACUCACCUAAGCAUUUUGCAUCCAGAGGAUGGGGAAAAGAGAAGGGAACAGCUAUCUUAUCCCCACGAAGCUGGGAAAAUUAGAGAUGAUACAAAUUCCCGUACACCAUUUUUCUGUCAGGAGAAAUUGCCCAUGUCAUCCGAGCCCACACAAGCAGAGGUUAAGAAAGUUCAUGAACUUCCACCAUUUCUUUUAUCUGAUUGGAGUAGUGGAGAAUCAUGGUUCAGAGAAAAAGCAACUUCUGGUACAGACAUCUCAAAAGCAAGUCCUGGUCUCACCAUUCCUAACUACUCAGGACAGGUGGUUGCCCCAGUUCUUGGUUCAUUUUCAGCUACUCCUGCUAGUGGUACCAAUAUGACAUCUUCAUCUGUUUCAUCCUGGAGAAAUCCGGCAAAUAACAUAACCCAUAGCCCAGUUGCAAUUCAAGUGCUUCCAUGCUUUAAUGGGUCUGCUGUAUCAAAUAUGCGGAAUAUGAGUUCGAGCCCAUCCAUUCAAAGCCCUGGCGCUGCUGGAGAGAAGUGGGAUCUUCACAGCAAAUCAAGAUCACACCUGAGCUCUGGGUCCUACCAGAAUGGUUGUAACCACUUGUUUGAAUCAGAGCCUAAUGCGUUGCAUUUACAGUUCAUUGGAUUUAAUACGCCGAAACCACAGAAUGGCAAUAAUUCACCUCAUGAACAUAUUGAUGCUAGUGGGCCCGGGAAGUUUCUGAAGGGUUGGAACUGCACAGAUGUGAAAUCUGCUAAGGAUAUGAAUUUGAAUAUCCACCUUCCAAAUGAAUUUCAAGGCGAAGAGAAACCACCCCAUGGUCCUGUGGUAAAUAUUGCUGUAGAAGGGAAGCAUGGAGUUCUAUCGGGGAUACCAUGGCUCAGAAAGAAGCCAACCUGUAAUGAAUCUGCAAGUAUUACAGGAAGUACAACCCAAUUGGAUUUGGGCUUUUCUAGUUGCAUUCAGCCGGUUUCCACCCAAGAUGCUGAGACCUGGCAGUUUGAGAGUGGAACUGGAACUGAAAAGGAUCCUCUAGGUUUUUUGCAGGAGGCUGCAUCAACCUUGCUCUCCAAGGAUGCAGUAACCCACAAGAUCGAACUGGGUGACGGCCCAAGUUAUAAUAAACUUCUCAGUUUUCCCCUGUUCGAUAAGACUCAUAUUUUGAGGGGACAGUGUGCUUUCAGUUCAGCAUCCAUGUUGUGUCAGGGCCAAUCUGAAAUCUAUGAUACUGAAAAAAAUGUGAAGAUCUGUUCGCCUCGUGGUGACUCACCUCAUGGUCAUACACCGCUUGAUUUGGAAAAGCAGCAGCCCUUUGUGGAGGAUCUGGUUGCAGAAAUGGUGGUUGAGAAGAGCCCUACAAGUCUUAGACGUUGCAUUAAUCUGAAUUCUACAGUGUCAGCAUGGGACGAGCAGGCACAGUCGCAGGAGAUUCUGUUGAAAACUGAUGCAGAGUAUCCAACAUCAUCUUCUGUUCCAAGAGCUGCUGUGGAGAUGAUGGCUGGGAUAGAUUUGGAGUCGCCAAUUGUUUCACAGGCAGAGGAUGCUCCUCCCCAGGGUGAAUCUCCGGGAACAAAUCAGCCAGAGACACCUGUCCAACCAUUGCGAUGCGAAAUGGAGGAUCCACAGGGGGCACUUGCCAGGUUAGCAGCAGAGGUUAUUGUCGAUUUAUCAUCGGCUAUGGACGGUCAUUCAGGAGAUGACAAUUGCAGUCCCUCAUCCUUGAGGGACUCUCUUCUUUGGUUCUCGGAGGUGGUUUCAUCGAAUGCAGGUGACCUUGAGAAUGCAGUGCGAGUCUCAAGGGGAAAGGCUGACGGUGAUAACGAGUUCUCAGACAUUGGGUCAGAUUCCUUUGAGGCCAUGACAUUGAAGCUGAGUGAAACCAUGGUGGAUGUUGAGUACUGUUAUAAGCCCUGGGAGAGGGAGAACCAAAAGGAUGAAGAGAUGGGUCCUGCUCCAUUGCCAACCCGGCCUCGAAGGCGCCAGGCGAGGAGAGGGAGGCAACGGAACGACUUUCAGAAAGACAUCCUGCCAGGCCUCGUGUCCCUGUCGAGGCAUGAGGUGACUGAAGAUCUGCAGAUGAUCGGAGGGUUGAUGAGGGCUUCAGGUUGCUCUUGGCCAAUAGGGUUAGCGAGGAGAAACACGGGUAGAAAUGGAUGGCAUUGCCAGGCAAGGGGGAGGAGGCGGCCGAGAGGCUCAUCUGUGGCUGCAGCUGUUACAGCAAAUUUGGUGGGGCCACCACCAAGGCAGCCCAGUAAUAGUGAAGUGGAGGUGGAUGGGAUAAGUCUAAGAGGUUGGGGGAAAACAACUAGACGGUGCCAGAGGCAGAGGUUUCGGACGGGUAAUUUCUCAGCACCUUUAACUUAGUAAUGAGAAAUUUAUAGAGGGGAAGUGUGGGAGUCUGUGGCUUUUUAAAGAGUGAGGUGGUUGAAGCCACGGGUCUCUAUAAUGCCUUUGUACAUGCUGCCUUAUGUGCCCAAAUUUGGGCCUUCUUGAUUUUAUCUGUCUUUGAGUUUCACAAUGUGUAUAAAUUCAAAAUAAUGUUGCAUAGUUUCUUGUGGAAUACAUCACCCAAUUGCAGUGGUUUUAGGUUCUCA